AUGGCUGUUCAACCUCAACCCGGAGGCAAAGACAUUCUUACUCUGCCCUCUGGGCGCACCCUCGCAUGGACCGUAUACGGUGAUGACCAAACAAACGACCAACAAGAGCCUCCGGCCGCCAUCUUCUACUUCCAUGGCUAUCCCGGCUGCUCCAGUGAAGCAAUCCUGAUCGAGCCCGAAUACCUGAAGCAGCGCAAUGUUCGUGUGGUUGCCAUCGACCGACCCGGCUUUGGAAACUCAACACACUACUCUGAUCGCCGCAUCCUCGACUGGCCAAAGGAUGUUCUUGCCGUCGCUGACCACCUGAAAAUUCACCAUUUUCAUGUCCUGGGUGUCUCAGGCGGCGGGCCGUAUGCCCUUGCUUGCGCUCACAGCAUCCCCCGCAUCAACGGUGAUGCGCUCGACGAAGCAUCGAAUGGGCGUCUUCUGGGCGUAGCAGUAAUGUGUGGUGCGUAUCCCUUCACGUUGAAUGCGAAAGGGAUGCUGCCUGAAUUGAGAGCGCUGCUCACUGCCGGUGCCUGGCUACCGCGAUUAGCUACAGGCGGGAUGCUAGACUGGGUAAUGGGACGUCCUGCAAGGGAUCCAGACCCCAAGGUGCUGGAAAAGACGCUGGACACAGCCAUGAUGAAACGACCCGGCACUGAGAAAGCGGCAUGGAUCAAACCUUAUAUUAGAGCUGCGGCGAUAGACUCUAUCCGAGGCGCAUUUCGGAAUGGCGGUGCAGGAUCGGCGACAGAGUUGAUGCUUCUAAAUGACUGGGGAUUUGAUCUCGAAGAUGUGGAAGGGAGAGGCAUUCGGUUAUGGCAUGGGAAGCUCGAUCGCAAUUCGCCGUUCAGUAUGGCGGAGCAAGCGGCUGAAAUGCUGCCUGGGACUGAGACGCAUUUUUUUGAUGAGAACGGUCAUCUGGACAUGGGAUUUCAUGUGGGAGAGAUUCUCGACAAUCUCCUCGGCAAGGGAGAUGAUUCUAGCGAUGCCGACGAGACUAACAGAGUCAACGCCCUAAGAGAAACUGACGAGCCCCAAAAGACCGACGAACCUCAAGAAGCCGACAAGUCCAAUAAGCCCGAAGAAAACGACAAGGUUAAUGAAUCCAAAGAGACCGAAGAGUCCCAGGGGACAGACGAAUCUACAAAGGCCGACAAGGGCAAGGAGUCCAGAGGGGCGGACGAGUCCACAGAAACUGACAAGGCUAAUGAGCCCAAAGACGCCAACCAGCCCAAGGAUGCCAGCGAGUGA